ACCAGCGAGCUACCCCCCUAUCCCUCGGCCGUGCGGGAUCCAUGUCCAUCUGCGCACUCGGCUCUCGCCAUGCACUGCCGCCUCGCGUGCAACUCUCACACGCACUUUCCGCCGCACCCGCUCUAGAUUGCAUCGCCACGGCCCGUGCGCACUGGGAAACGAGGUCCUCACUGGCUGCGAUCCGACGAGUCGGGCAGUCCCCAGCACCCGGGCCGGCCCAAGGUCGCUCGCAGGCAGGACGGCGCCGCCGUCGUGGCGCCUCCCGCGUCUUCUCGCCCAGACCUUUCCUUCCCGUCCAGCGCUCUUCCGUCCUCUCACGCUCCCUUCCGCGGCGGCCGCUGGCGCAGAUGUAGUAGCGCCACUCUCUUUCCAAUCCCCCGCGCGCGCGCGGCAUCUACCAUAGGGGCGCGAGGCCUCGGCCCUGCCAGAGCCCCCGAGGCCUCGGCCCUGCUCCAUGGGGGCCCUACCAGAGGCUCCGCGUUUCUGGCUGGGGCGCGGGGGUAUCUGGGGGGCGGCGUGGGUGGCGGGAUGGGUGGGGCUGUGCGCGUGGGUGGUGUGGUUCGCGCACACGCAGACCGCCAAUCCGCGGCAGGAGGCGAUGCGAGUGUGGUGUCGCACGCGCGUGCGAUACCUCCAGCAGGACAUGCGAUCGUCCAUCGCGCGCGCGCAGGAGUCAGUGGGCCUGAUGAAGGUCUUUGCGCACUACGGGCGGCGCAGCAGCAGCGACCUGAGCUACUGGGGGCUGGGGGGGUGCGUGAGCAACGCGUCCCUGCUGGCGUACAACACGCUGGCGGACAGCGUGCUCAACUACAGCAGCGGCACCCUCAUCAUGCUGCUCGCCGCCCAUGACAGGCCCCUGGUGGAGCGCAUCACGGGGUACGAGGUGCGUUCCGUGCUGGGGCUGCCUGCCCCCACCAGGGACCUGUACGCCGUGCCGCUGUAUGGCAGCCUGGACGCCGCUGCCACGCUCAAGCCCUUCACGGAUCUGCUGCCCCUCGUGCCCCCGGACAUCAUAACCCGGGUGCUUGCCGGCAAAGCCACAGCUGGGCCGCCCAUUUCUACCGCCCCUGGUUCCGUGACGAGCGUGUUUGUCAUCCCCAUCGUCCGCCACCCCCUGCCGGCCAGCGCAUCAGCGCAGCAAGUGAGAGAGAGCAUCAGCGUGGCAUGGGGCGGCGUCAUCUACUACGAGUCCAGGAUCCGCGGCAUCAUGGAGAUGCUUGAGAGCGGGAGCAGCGCGUACUCCUUCGCCGUGUGGGACAGCACGGACCCGGGUCAGCUCCUGCAACUGUUUGGCCCGGAGGAGCCACCUCUGGCCAAGGGCUCUGCGUUUCGCUUUGUGUUGCCGACGCCUGCUCUGGCGGCACCGGAUCAUGUGGAGCCCUUUGCAGAGGACCUGUUUGGGCGCACCUUUGAAGCGCACUGCAGGUUUGAGGGCGCCUACCCCUCUUGGGACCUGGUGUAUGCACCCAUGCUGCUGGGUCUGCUGGUGCUGAUAGUGGCGACGCUGCUGUCCGCCGUGAUAGCGGUGCUGGCGAGGAAGCGCACGCAGAUGGCGCAAGGGGUGAAGGAAUUGGCAUGGUGCACGGCAGUGCUGGAGAGAGCUGAGCGCUCCAAGAGUGAGACAGUGGCCAACGUCUCCCAUGAGCUGCGAACCCCGAUCAUUGGCAUGAUGGGCAUGAUAGAGGAGCUGCUGGAGUCGGCAUUGGAGGAGUGGCAGCAGGCGGAUCUGAAGGACGCGCGGGCGUGUGCUGUGGAGACGGUGGACCUCAUCAACCGAGUGCUGGACCUCGCCAAGCUGCAGGCCGGCCGCCUGCACCUCGAGACGCUGCCCUGCUGCCUUCGCCGCAUUGUGCACGAGGCAACCACGUUUGCUAGACCAGAAAUACACACAAUGAGUCUGCAAGUGACAUCUCAUGUGGACGAGAGUGUUCCGGAAGUUCUGCUGGGCGACCCAACCCGACUCUCGCAAGUCAUAGCGGAGCUUGUCGCCCACGCCAUGAGCAACACAGCGUCUGGCCAUGUGGCCGUCCACCUCUGGUGCAUCCCUCCCUCUCACCAUGCUGCCAUUGCGUCAGGUGCUCCCCACGAUGCUGCUAUUGAUGCCUCCCAAGCCCCCCCCGCCUGCUCUGCGUGGCAGCAGCUGCCUGCUUGUGUGCGCCGCUUCCCUCCCCUCACCCGCCUGGCGUGCCUGCAUCAGCACGUGCCAGCGAGGCAGGGGGGGCCGGCAGCUGAAGGUGAUGGCAGCUGCCGCAAACCAGGAGGGCAUCAGGAGACAUGCGUUGCUGUGGAGGGAACAGGGAAGGCCAAGGAGGUGCCCCGUGCCAGUCAGCCCGGCGAGCCGCGCUACGGCAUAGAAGGCGCGAGCGGUGCAGUGGAGAGGCAGGGUGGGGGUGGGAGGUUGGAGGAGGAGGUGAGGGAGUGGGUGGAGGGGGCGUGCAGGGGGAGGGAGGAGGGCGAGUGGAUGGUGGUGGUGGCAUGUGAGGACACGGGCGGUGGUAUACCACCAGAGGAGAUGCGGUGGGUACUGGAUCCACAUGGUCUCUCCUGCCCUUCCCCGCGCAGCAGCAAGGGGCAGCAAAGAAUCACGGAGAGAAUCCGGUCGUUUGGGAGGUCAGAGUCGUGGCAGUCGUUGGAGCGGACAGCACGCGCCUCAUGGGAUCCUUUGCACCGUGAUCGCAAGGCAGCUGCCCGCCCCCGCUGGACGCCCUACCCCGUUCGCUUCCUGCUCUCCACCUCCCUUGUGGCUGAGAUGGGGGGGGGCAUGGCAGUGCUCUCAGACGCCACCACAGGCACCACCAUUCUGCUGGCGCUGUCCAUGAGGGGAGGAGAGGGUACUGGCAGCGGGGAGGGUGAGGAGGGGAAUGGGGAGGAAGUUGGGGAGACAGGGGGGGCUGUUGAGGGGCUUGUGAAGCGAGAGAGUGGAUCACAGAGGGGCAUGGAGGUGUUGUCAAGUGGUGGCGCGUUGUCUGAUGCUGCUUUCCCAGCACCACCACCGCAGCACGCCGCAGGGGCUCGCUCGCUCGUGCAUGCGCACACUUUUCCGCGGGCGGAGAUGGCGGGCAGCGUGGGGGAGGCAGAGGCGCUGGUGCGGGCGCUGGUGGUGGGGCAGCGGGUGGUAGUGGUGGAUGACAACGCUGUGAACCGCAUGGUGGCGCGCAGAACACUGCAGGGCUACGGGGCACACGUGCUGCUGCUCUGCUCAGGGGAGGACGCUCUCCACGCUCUCUCCACUCCCUCUCCCUCCUCGCCAACCCACCUGCUGCUCCUCGACCUCCACAUGCCGCCCGGCAUCGACGGAUUCGAAACGGCGCGUCGCAUUCGUGCCUUGGAGAGAGCACAGCAGGUGCCAGAGGCAAACAUGGCAGGUAGUAGCGCAACAGAUGGGGCAGCAGAAGCAUGUGCAAUCGAUGCCACGGUGGAAACAGGUCCAUUGAAUCAGCGCCUUUGCGUCAUAGCCCUCACUGCUGACUUGGAUGCAGGGGUGAAGCGAGCAUGCAUGGAGGCAGGGAUGGAUGGAGCUGUGAGGAAGCCGAUAGUGGCACAUGAGUUGCUUUCUGCCCUCACUGCCGCAGGGUUCACGAAUUCGCCCAGAGCGAUCUAGUGGGGGUUGCGAUGAUUCACGAAUACUCUGACAACAACCCUGUUGUUGCUGCAUUCAGCCUCUGCUAGCAGUAUGAAAAUAGCGUGAGAAAAGUUGACUAGAAAGAGGUGACGGGAGAUGCAAGUCGAGUGUUAUCCCCUCUAAGAGCUGACCUAGUUAGGCUAUAUAUAACAAACAUAUCUACUCUAACUAGAUAUGUGUAUAUAACAAUAUAUGUUUGAUGUCGAC